AUGCCCGUAGACGCAUCUGGGAUUCCUGCAUCAGGAAAGCGUCUAAAUGUUAUUAAACCAGCUAUGACUACUACAGCGACUACGAGUGCCCUCCUCCUUGUCAUUCAACAAUUUGGAUCGCGAGGUCUGACCUUUGUAGCAAACCAGAUUCUUCUUCGAUAUCUAUCUCCCCAGCUGCUAGGUAUCUCAUCGCAACUUGAGCUCUACUCUAUCACGGUUCUGUUCUUCUCCCGGGAAAGUCUGCGCGUCUCCCUCCAGCGACAGAGUGAAAGCGUCUAUGACGAAGAUGCGACCCCCUCGCUACUGCAAAAUACUGUGACGGAUCGCAAUCUAGCUGGAAGAACGCAGGCUAUAGUGAACUUAGCCUACGUCUCGCUUGCGCUCGGAAUCUUCGCCGCUCUGGCUCUUGGCUUCCUAUUUUUGGGGCGCGGGAGUGCCAACGAUUCGCCUAUAGCCGUAUUCGCCUAUAUGAGGUGGUCACUCGUGAUCUACGGCAUAGCUUCGGUUCUAGAACUCGCAGCCGAGCCGUGCUAUGUCGUGGUGCAACAGAGAUCCCAGCAUGGCAUUCGGGCCAUCGCCGAGUCACUGGCUACGCUUGCUCGCUCUAUCGUCACCUGUGCCUCAGCCAUCUAUGCCGUCCGAAAUGGUGCCGAGGUCGGGGUCUUACCCUUCGCUCUUGGUCAACUCGCCUACGCCUUGUUUACAUGUACUAUUUAUUAUCUGCAUGUUAUCCCUUUAUCAUCAGCCGGCGGGUUCUCUCUCCUCCCCAAACCCGUAAAAUCAAAACUUGGCUCCAAUGAAUAUGCAUUCUCAUAUUUGUCUAUCUCACUCUUAAGUCUCAGUCGCAGCUUCUUUGUUCAGUCCCUUUUCAAACAUAUUCUUACCCAGGGGGAUACCUUUAUUGUCUCGGUACUUUCCACCCCACACGUCCAGGGCGUAUACACACUUGCCAAUAACUACGGUGGCCUUGUGGCUCGCAUACUUAUGCAGCCGGUCGAAGAGGUCAGCCGUAACUACUUUGGCAAGUUACUAUCUUCCUUGCAAGUUCCUCCUACACGUUCCCGCAUAGCGCAAGCAGUCCUUUCCUUGCGCCAAUUGCUGUACUCGUAUAUCGUCUUAUCUAUCUUCGUUGUCGCCCUCGGCCCCACCAUCGCACCCUGGCUCCUCCAACUUGUGGCAGGUCCCAGAUGGAUCGCUGCAGGUGCUGGUCGCGUACUUGCGGCCUACUGCUACUAUAUUCCACUACUCGCUAUAAAUGGGAUUUCUGAGGCUUUUGUUACCGCCGUCGCUACUGAGCCCGAGCUGCAUCGGCAGACUGCAUGGAUGUUUGUCUUCUCUUUGGCAUUCGCUGUCAUAGCUGCCCUUCUUCUUAACAUCGGAAAGCUCGGUGCUUUAGGCUUAGUAUAUGCAAACUGCUUCAACAUGGUCGUCCGCAUCAUCUGGGCCACAAUGUUCAUCCAGUCCUACCUCAACCGAUUGGGGACUGAGAUGAGACUCGAUACGCUCGUUCCACGGCCACUAACCUUAGCGGUGGGCGCCUGUAUGGCUGCGGCUAUGAUAAAAAUGAAAGAGGUUCCUGAGGGUUAUCUUGAUUGGUGCAAGUGGGGUAUGUUCACGGUUGCGUCUGUUUCAAUCAUCGCAACGUCUGAGAGAAGGCACUUAGUAGAGUGCUACCAUAAACUCCAAACCAACCGAGGAUAA